AUGGCAUCAUCAUCAUCUCCAUCAAUUGGGUCAUGGAAGUAUGAUGUGUUUCUUAGUUUUAGAGGUGAAGAUACCCGCAAGACCUUUGUUGACCAUCUCUACUCUGCUCUUGAACAACACGGAAUCCUUACGUACAAGGACGAUGUAACACUUGACCGGGGUGACACCAUCGGCCCAUCCCUUAUGAAAGCGAUAGAAACAUCCAAGUUUUUGGUGAUCAUAUUUUCUGAAAACUAUGCGGAUUCUUCGUGGUGUUUGGAUGAGCUUUCACAUAUUACGAAAUGCAAGGAUAAGCUUACAGGGCAAAUUGUUAUGCCCAUAUUCUAUCAUGUGGAUCCCUCUGAUGUCAGGAAACAAAAAAGGAAAUACGGAGAAGCAUUUGCCAAACACGAGCAGUCAGAAGAUAACAAGAAAAAAGUUGAAUCAUGGAAAAAAGCACUUGUUAAUGCUAGUAAUAUUGCCGGAUGGGAACCCUAUCAAGUCGCCAACGGGCUUGAAGCAAAAUGUAUCCAAGUGAUAGUUGAUUCCAUUUUAGUUAAGCUGUCAUCUUUAGAAUCAGCAGUUGAGGAUGAAGACCUUGUCGGUAUGCGAACUCGGUUAAAUGAUUUGAAGCGGGCUUUAAGAAUUGGGUCAGAUGGUGUGCGCAUGGUAGGGAUAUGGGGGAUUGGGGGUGGUGGUAAGACCACUCUUGCUACUUCAAUUUACAUUGAACUGAAAAUCUCUGGUAAAUUUCAUGGUUGUUGCUUUGUUGAAAAUAUUCGGGAGGAAUUAAAACAGCAGAAUUGUUUAAAACGCCUACAAGAAAAAAUUUUAUCAGCUGUUUUUGGCAAAGAAUUUGAAAUUGAGAGUGUUGAUAUAGGAAAACACACUAUCAAACAGAUGUUAGGUCGUAGGAAUGUGUUGAUUGUUCUUGAUGAUGUGGAUGACCUUGAGCAGUUAGAAGCUUUAGCUGGACGGCAUGAUUGGUUUGGAGAUGGCAGCCGAAUAAUAGUUACAACAAGGAAUGAACAAGUGCUAAUAUCUCACAGGGUAGAUGAGGUCUAUCCUGUGAGUUUAUUAUCACGUGAUGAGGCUAUUCGGCUCUUUAAAAGACAUGCAUAUCAUGCAUAUAACCCUAUACAAGAUUAUGAGGAUCUUUCCUUACGUGUGAUUUCUUAUGUUAAUGGCCUCCCAUUAGCACUUAAAAUCAUGGGGUCUUUUCUUUAUGGAAAAGACAAGGAUGAGUGGCUGAGUACACUGGCUAGACUAAAAGAUCAUCCAGAAAUGGGUAUCCUGGAAAAGCUCAAAAUUAGCUAUGAUGGACUCAAAGAUGUAGAGAAAGAUUUAUUCCUGGAUAUUGCGUGUUUCCACAGGGGAACAAAGGAAGUUGACGCAAUGGUGAUGCUUGAUGCUUGUGGUUUUUAUCCUCAUAUAGGGGUAAAGGUGUUGAUACAAAAGGCUCUCAUAAGUGUUUCAAAGGAUGGCGUGUUUGAUAUGCACGAUCUGGUUCAAGAAAUGGCACACUACAUUGUUAAAGGGCAACAUCCCAACAAUCCUGAAAAACAUAGCAGGGUUUGGCGAAAAGAAGAUAUUCAAGAAAUAUGUUUGAGGAAUGCAUCAGUGGAAAAUGAUAAGAUUGAAGCCAUACAAUAUUUUGCUGACGACUGUACCAACAAAUUCAUUAUGCUUGUCUCAAACAUGAAGAAAUUAAGAUUCGUUAACGUGGAUUCGUUUGUUGAAGGGUGUAGUUUUCUUUCUAAUGAGUUGAGGUAUAUAAAAUGGAAAAUGUAUCCGCCGAGUGUAUUCCCUGAAAGUUUUCAACCAACAAAGCUUGUUGUUUUCAUUAUGCAAGAAAGCUCUCAAAAAGAAUUGUGGAAGGGCUACAAGUACCUGCCAUGUUUGAAAGAGCUCCAACUUGUUGAUGCCAGAAAACUAAUCAGGACACCUGAUUUUGGGGGACUCCCAUCUCUUCAGAAGUUGAUACUUUUUCGAUGUGAUAGCUUAGAAGAGAUUCAUCAAUCACUUGGAAAUCAUGUAAGUCUUGUUCAUGUAUCUGUAAGUUUUUGUGAAAAGCUUAGAAGGUUUCCGAGCAUUGUUGGGACGGGAAAACUGGAGAUCCUUAAAAUUUCAAGUUGCAAGGCACUUGUUGAGUUUCCAAAGAUUGAAGCAAAGAUUGAUAAGUUGGUAGAGUUAUCUUUGGAUUCUAACAGGGAUUGUAGUAGUAUUAAACAGCUUAUUGUUUCUCGUUUGCCAUGUUUCUUAAGAAAGUUGAGUCUCUGUUGGUGUAAACUGAAAGAUGGAGACAUACCCAAUGAGAUUGGUGAGUUAUCCAAUUUGAAAGAGCUAAAUUUAGGAUGGAAUGAUUUUACACGAUUAGAUUUCAGCUUCUCAAAACUUAUUUGCCUUAAACUCCUCGACUUGGGGGGUUGCUGGAAUCUUCUUGAACUUCCUGAGCUCCCAUCAAGUCUAGCUAUUCUCAGAGCAGACUGGUGCGAGUCACUUGAAUCCAUCAUCAGAGGUGAUAUACACACAACUUGUAAAUGGUUAUGCUACAUCUCGCUUGGCUACUGUCAUAAGAAUAGAAAGGGUGGGGCGAGAUUAUUAGACACCAUGCUUCAGGGAAAGGUUAUCGAAAGUCAGUGUUUGAGCCUCAAACUUAAAGGACUUGAGGUUGCCAAAGCCAAAUGGUUUGAACCUAAUUUGUUUAGGAGAAAUUGUCAAUUACGACUUCCAGAGAAUUGGUACAAUCACUUUUCUGGUUUCCUAAUUUGUGCAAUAUUCACUAUUCAGCGUGAUCGUUAUUCUCCAACGAUAUUUAUGACACAUGAAAAGAAUGGUUCUUCAAUGGGGGAUUUUGAACAUGACUUGUAUUGGGAGGAGGAGGAGGAGGAGGAGUAUGAUCAUGAUUAUGUUUAUGGUGGUAGGCACACAUGGGUGGGAUAUAUUCCAUUUAGUUUAUUGAAAAACACUUUAUGGUGGAACAAAACAUCCAUGGCCAUUCAGAUCAAGAUUGACUCGCCAGGAUCACAUAUCAAUAGUGGGUACAUAUUUAGACUCCUUCCAAAAAGAAGUGAAAGUCAUCAAAGGGAAACAGAUUCCUACUCUUCCAAAUAUUCUGAUGAUUAUAAAUGUCCAUUUAAGAUCCAACAUGAUUCAAAGCAUGCUUUGCGUUGCAAAUUUAGAAUAUAG